CACUCAUUGGUGCAGGUGGACCUUCAUCCUCGUCAGUGCUCUUAGAAAAAGAGCUAAAGGAUGAAACAGCAGACCACGAGAAAAGCUUGCGUGUCAGAAGGCUUCGACCGCGGAUAGAUGGGGAUCUCGGUAUAUUAGAGCCAAGUCGUGUACAGCUACUAGACGAGAGUCACCAUAACUUUGAAGAUCUUGAUGCAGGUGGCCACUACAUUGAUGACCAGGAGGAGAGGAUGUCAACGGCUGUGUCUUCCUUUGUCGAAGAACAUGUUGUGUCUGUCGGUUAA